AUGCCCGCAAGAGUCUCUUCAAGGUCAGCACGGACCUCGGCCGCUGUCACCCACAAGGCUUCAAGCGCAACCCUAAACUCACGCGCGUCGACCACGUCGCGAGUAUCUUCAUCCAACCUCGAUAUUCCGGAGGAGGCGCCCGACAAUGCUCUACGGACCCAGAUAUGCGCAGUGUUUCGCGACGCCCAAAAGACUACUGCGACGCACCGGAAGCUAGUAGUCAACCUUCGCAAAAUCCACGAGACUUGCUGCUACGAACCGACGCGCCCCAACAAGGCUUCAAACGACUUCGACGAGGCUGACUUCAACAACGAAUUUACGCGAUGUGUCCUCCGGGUUAUGCCUGUCAAGAAGAGCGAGGGCGCUGGGGAGAAGAUCAUCCGCUUCGCUGGUCUAUUCCUACGACACGCCAAUGAUAAAGACAACGAUCUGCUAGGGGAGAAUGACGUCGAUGCUAGUACCAUGCCCGAAACCCCCAGCACUCGUCUCACAACCCAGGUCAUGGAGGCCGUCCUGCCGCUGCUUACCUCCAAGGACAAGUUUGUGAGAUUCCGGUCGACUCAGCUGAUCUCCCACAUCAUCAACUCGCUGGACGCAAUCGAUGACGAGUUGUUCCAAAAGCUGCGCCACGGCCUUCUGAAACGGAUACGGGACAAGGAGGCCAUGGUCCGUUCACAAGCCGUCCUCGGACUCGGAAGAUUGGCUGGCAAUCAGGUCGAAGGAAUGGUCAACUCGGAGGAUAGUGACGACGACGUUGAGACUGGCCUGCUCGAGAGGCUUCUAGAGGUGUUGCAGAACGACCCCAGCGCCGAUGUCAGGCGCUCUCUCCUCGUCAACUUGCCCAUUCUGCCGAACACACUCCCUUAUCUCCUUGAGAGAGCAAGAGACCAGGACCCGGCUACUCGCCGUGCCGUGUACUCCCGACUGCUACCAGCGCUUGGUGACUUUCGUCAUUUGUCUCUCUCCAUGCGUGAGAAACUGCUCCGCUGGGGUCUGAGGGAUCGAGAUGAGAAUGUGCGUAAAGCUGCAGGGAGGCUGUUCCGGGAGCGUUGGAUAGAGGAUUGCGCAGGAGAUGGCCAACCUGAGGAUGGUGAGGCACCAGCUGAACCUGCGGCCCCAAGCAUUGAAGGUAUGCUUGAGCUUCUUGAGCGUAUCGAUAUUGUCAACUCUGGCGUCGAGAAUGGCGUAGCUCUAGAAGCCAUGAAAGGCUUCUGGGAGGGACGCCCAGACUACCGAGACGCUAUGGAGUUCAACGACCACUACUGGGAGACGUUGAGCGCCGAGUCGGUGUUCAUAGCCCGCAGCUUCAACGACUUUUGUCGGACAAAAGGAAACGGCAAGUACGAAGCUCUGCUUGAAGAAAAGCUGCCAGAGGUCACGAAACUGGCAUUCUUCCUUGAGCGCUAUCUCAACGUCCUGAUCGAAGCCAUCAGGAGGGUGAAUAGUCAAGAGAACGUUGGAGACGAUGAGGAAGAAGACACGGUCGAGCAGGAGUUCAUUGUCGAGCAGCUACUACACAUUGUCCUUACCCUGGACUACUCCGACGAAGUUGGCCGAAGGAAGAUGUUUGCGCUCUUGCGACAGGCCCUAUCAAUCCCGGAGUUGCCAGACGAAGUUACCAAGCUCACUAUCGACGUUCUCCGGGAUAUUUGUGCUCCAGAUACAGCAGGCGAGAAGGAAUUCUGCAGUGUUGUUCUUGAGGCAGUCGCGGAUGUCCACGACACCAUCGCUGACGAUGAUUCCGCACAAAGUGAUGGUGAAGACAGUUUCCACUCGGCUCGUUCAGAAGCCAGCGGUGACAGCACACCCACUAAGAAUGGGAAGAACGGCAAGAAUUCCAACUUGAGCGAGGAGGAGGCUCGAGAGAAGGCCGUCAAAGAGAUCAUGAUCAACAUGAAGUGCCUGCACAUUGUGCAAUGCAUGCUUUCCAACGUGCAAGGAACUCUGCAACAGAACGACCACCUGGUGGCGAUGCUCAACAACUUGGUCGUCCCGGCGGUCCGCAGUCAUGAGGCGCCAGUACGAGAGCGAGGAUUGGUGUGUCUGGGACUAUGUUCUCUCUUGGAUCGACCCCUUGCUGAGGAGAAUCUCACUCUGUUUAUGCAUUUCUUCAGCAAGGGCCACGCGGCUCUUCAGAUCACGGCGCUUCAGAUCUUGACUGAUAUUCUCAACGUGCACGGCGCACAGCUUCUCUCAGCAAACCCAACCCUGCUGAAAGUCUAUGUCCGGGCAUUGAGGUCUGGGUCUCGGAACCCCGAGGUCCAAGGUGCGGCCACUCUUGCUGUUUCCAAGCUGCUACUAGGUCGUGUCGUCACAGAUCAGGAGACGGCAUCAGAACUACUGAAAACGCUUAUCGUGGCCUACUUCGAUCCUUCGACAGCAGGCAACCAAAGUGUCCGGCAAGCUCUCAACUACUUUCUCCCGGUUUUCUGUUUUUCGCGAACCGAAAAUCAAGACCUCAUGACGUCAGUGGCACUCGAUGCUCUGCACGCGCUGUACAACGUCAGGGAAGGCAUCGACGAUGACGACAUGGAUGUUGGCGAUGAAAUGGCUAGCCUCAACACCAUUGGUGCUUGCCUCGUGGACUGGACGGAUCCUCGGAAGUGUUACACGCCAGGUAUCCCGAUGGAUGCUGACAAGAAGAACGUCAACGGCGAUGUCCAUCUUGACUUUGCCGCGGACAUCCUUGAGAAGCUGAACAGCAACUUCACCAAAGAAGAGAAGAAGGUCAUUGCACCUCUACUGGGCAAGUUAUACGUCUCACCAACAUCAUCCGAGGAGAAGAUCCGCAAUUUGUACGAGGAGGUCUCGUCAGCAGUGGAAGAAAACAUUCUCUCGGACGCUACCAGCAGAAAUGCCCUAUACAAGAUCCACGUGAGUCUGGGCAAGAUUGUCAAUCAGCUCGGCGAACAGGACAAGAUGUCUACAAGUAGGCGGAGCGUGAGUAGGAGCGUGUCGGCCGCCCGAAGCGAUGACAAGACCGUUACGACGGAAGAUGCCGCUGUCGUCCCAGAGUCCCGCGCUACGGAAGGUCUGGAAGAUGUGGCGGAGGAGGAGGGUGAAGGCUCUACUGUGAUUCGCCCCAGCGAGGGUGAUUCGCUUGUCGAGGAGUUGCUGUCUGACGAUGGGGAGGUGUGA